UUUUCAAAAGGCAAGGUAAGGACAAGACAACUUCUCGUUCAGAAAAGGCAAACAGUAGACAUACAGUACAUGUGUGGGAUUAGCAGUGCCCUGUGUGUGUGAGAGAGUGUAACAAACUAUCUAUUUCUAUAAGUCUAUUUUGAGUUUGAGUUACAGCUUAUGUGAAGUUUCAGUUAUUCUACAGAGUGAAAUAGGGAACCACAGGAAAACAGGGUUUUAAAAACAGUUUUUUUGUAUAGUUUAGUAAUUAGCAUGUAUGAUUAGUAGUACUCACUGUACGCACUAUCCAAAACAAAUUAUUAAGCAAGUCAUUUCAUUGGUAAGUUAGCUUGGUAAGUUAGCUUGGUAAGUUAGCUUACUUGGAGUAAACACAACAUCCUUUCUGGCUUCAGGAGGCAAUGUAUGUAUCUACAGUAUUGUGUUUAUUCCAUCUUACUUAGGUUUUACACUGGUGAUGCAUACGGUUCAGAUCACCAUUAAGCAACAAUGAGCCUCAGAGCCUUCAGCCCCAUGCUGGUGGCAGAGAAGCCUUUGGUGGGGAAGAGUAAGGACAAGGACAAGGCCGGCAUCCAGUGCAUGGAGUGGUGCUGCCGGAGCCUCUACCUCGGGGGUAAGGACAGCGUGGUCCACCACCUCAGCCUGGCCACCACCGCAGCUGCUGCUCAAGUGACGGACCCCGCCACAGCGCCCCCCGAUGUCAGGGAGGUGAACCGCAGGCAGAUGGGCCGGAGCGGCGCCGUCCUCCAGCUCACAGCCAUCCCCGUCCUGAACCACCUGCUCGUGCUCUGGGACGGCUCCGUCUCCGCCCUCCACAUGUUCUCCCUGGAACCCGUGUCGCCGCUCAAAAAGAUCCAGAACGUCUCGUGCAUGAUGGUGAGCGACUCCGUGUCCUCCAGUGAGCCCGUUUACGUGGAGCUUGUGACGGCCUCGGCCAGGAGAAGGUGCCUGAGCCUCCACAGGGUCUACGUGGACCGCUGGGAAUGCCUGAGGCAGCUGCCUCUGCAGCAGGAGCCAUUGGCAGUGGCAAUGAGGGGGCCUAGCAUUUGCGUGGCCACGGCGGAUCGGUACCUGCUGCACGACUUCCAGAGCGGAACCACAUUGGAGCUGUUCCAGCACGGACUGGCCCGGCAGAACCUGGUCGUGAAGACGGCGGAGGAGAGGGAGUUCCUGCUCAACGGGCCCGGGUCACUAGGCAUGUUGGUCAUGUCAGAUGGUACAUCCCAGCGUGCACCGGUGCCGUGGCCCGCGGCCGUGCUGGACGGAGCCGUGUGCUACCCGUAUGUGUUGGCCCUGCUCGGCCAGGCUGUCCACGUCUACAGCAUGCUGGACCAACAGCUGAAGCAGACUAUACCCAUGCAGAAGGCAACCACCCUCAUAAGCACAGCAGAGGGUGUGUUUGUCAUAGCGGAGCGGGAGCUGCACUGCCUGCGUCCCUGUCCCCUGGAGGAGCAGAUUGAGGCCCUGGUGGAGGCCCAGAGGAUGGACCAGGCCCUGCUGCUGCUGGACGGGGUCAGGGACCGACUGCCAACACACUCAUACAAGGAGCUGCGGAGGACUAUCUCCUGCCUGUCGGGACUAAUGCACUUCUACCAGGAAAGCUUCCCAGAGGCCUCACAACUCCUCCAAGAGGGUCACCUGGACCCCCGCGAGCUCCUCCGCCUCUACCCAGACAUGGGCACCAUCUGUGGGGACUUCGGCAGCCAGCUGCCCCCCCUGAGCUGCAGCAGGGACCUGGAGGAGAUGAGCAGGGAGGACCAGGCCUCGUACCGCCACUUCCUGCUCUUCCUCGCUGACUUCCUGUCUUCUGUGCGAGGGGUGGCCCAGGCCCAGGUGUGCCUGGCGGAUGUGGACACUGCGCUGGUGAGAGUGUAUCUGCAGGCAGGGAUGAGUGACAGGCUUCUUCAGCUGGUGUCCUCUGCCAACCACUGUCAUCUGGACAUAUGCAUACAGGACCUGAGGCAACACAAGAGGUCCUUUGCCCUUGGCCUCCUCUACCAGAGUCACGGUCAACAUUUCAAUGCUAUUCAGACGUGGGUGGAGGUGGCAGAAGGGCGGCGGGACGAUGACAGCUGCGCGACGGACGUGUAUCAUCACAUCCUGGGUGUCCUGAGACGACUAGAGGACACAGACAGGGACACCUUCUGGAGCUACGCAGACUGGGCCCUGACCAGAGACCAGGAGGUUGGAGUACAAAUUUUCAUCCCAGGGCCUGAAGAACCCGUCCCUCCAGUCCCGUCUGAAGAGAUCAUCGCCUUCCUACAGAAGUACCCUUUGGCUUUACUGACAUAUCUGGAGUAUCUGGUGGGGGAAUUGCAGAGCAAGGAGGAGGCCCAUCACACACUCCUGGCGUUGACAUAUGUGGCUCAGCUCCUCCUGCAGAAGGGUUCUGGAGAGACUGCCGACGGACACACACACACACAAACACACACACACACGCUCACACAGUCCACCGACGGGAACCAACACACACACUCCGAGCCGUACAGCCUGAGAGAGAAGCUGCAGGAGCUACUGUGGCAGUCAGAUUGCUGUGACGUGCGCGCCGUUCACGAUAAAAUUUCAAACACCAACCUGCACACGGAGAGAGCCAUCCUCCUCGGCAAGGCAGGGGAGCACAGGAAGGCCUUGCAGAUCCUGGUACACAAGGCCAAAGACAGGCAGGCUGCCGUAGACUACUGCUGGAGGACCUCUGCUGGCCAAGAGCGGAACUGCAGGCAUAGGCUCUUCCUCUCCCUGCUGCAGAUCUACCUGGAUUCCGCGCAGUCCGUGGUGGUGGCAACGGACCUGCUGAACGACCAAUCGGCUGCGUUUGAUGCCGCGGCGGCACUGCAGGUGGUGCCGGUGGAUUGGUCGGUGCAGCUGGUGGGGCGGUUCUUGAGGGAGGCGUUGCGGGAGGCGUUUCACCGGAGGAGGAUGAAGGAGGUGGAGACGGGCUUGGCCAUGGCUGAACAGCGCAGGGCACGAGAUGUAUGGACUAAGACUAGGAACACGAUGGUUAAACUGGAGAAAGGCACCAGGUGCCAUGCCUGCCAGCGCCUCCUCUCAAGGCCAGAGUUCGUCUCCAUGCCAACGGGUGAACUCCUCCACCUCCACUGUUCUACUGCUGCCACGGUUACGGUGACAGGAACCAGAUCGUUGUCUUAGCAAUGACGAUCAGGAACUUUAACACUGAAGUCCAUCAUGAGCCAGGGCAUUGUUCUAACAUCAGAGGCCAUCAGGGGCACAUGUCCCCUUGUGAUAUACCUAUACACUGGACCGGAUAAAUGUGAACUAGCUGCAUAGAACAAUACGUAUACGCUAUGUAUCCGUUACGGUGAUGACGCAUGGCAUCUUCUCAAGAUGUAAAUUCAUAAGAUGCCGGAUUUAAAAAAAAUGGAUUGAAAAAAGUAGAGAUGGCAUCAAGCUCCUGUGCGACUCCUUUUUCUUCCCAUUGUAAAAAGGUUUAACAUUUUUUGAUGCAUCUCAAAGUGCUGCCUCUAUAGUCCUGCAUGAUGUGCUGCGAUGGCACAUCCACAAGACACACCCAACAUCAUCUACUUUGACACACACAUGCCGGUGAUCCCACCGUAAUACUUGCAAUCAUCAGGUCCCAGGGUAAUUAUGCUGAUGAUACAAGCGAGUGAACAAAGUGAAGCAAAGCAAAGCAAAAGCCAAGUUCAGCAUUCCAUUCAUUCCUUUGGGAGGCAAGCAGUGAAGUGGACCAGAAGUGAAGUGGGCCAGAAAACGAGACAUUUAAAGUCAUGCCAAUUGAAAAUCGUGUUUUAAUCAUACAGCGGCGAAUAAAACCAAAGACAAUCUGUUUCCGUUGUCCUGAUUCUCCGCUACCAUCUGUAGACCGUUUAGCUGUCACCAC